GUAAGAAUUCGGAAACUCAGCAAUCAGACCAACCAAGGAAUAUGCAUCCCUGAGCAUUCUCUAUAUUCCCUUGAAAUCCCCUCAUCAAUCCCACAGACAGAACUGACUCCAAUAAAUCCCGAAGCGGGGUCAGGCCGCCCGCCAAGCAAGCCGGGGCCACCACGCCAAUUCCUCACAAAGGGGGAUCUGCCAUAUCGAGCCCCUCGCACAAUGACUCAACCGCCACCAUGCCCGGCGUCCCGACAAGUCGAGGCUGCGAGGCCUGUCGCAAGCAGAAGAAACGAUGCGACCAGGAACAGCCCGCCUGCAGUCGCUGCGCCCGGCUCGGUAUCCCCUGCAUCGGCGGCGGCGCCCGUCGCUUCAAGUUCACGGAAAACCGCACCCCCGAUGCUUCGGCGUCGGCCCUGCAGAAGCAGCAGGGGGGUGGCGCCAGACGCCCACCCUCUGUGGCGUAUGUGGCACCCGCGCGCGCCCUCUGCGGCGACGCCGCCCGCCUGCAGGCCUCGCUGAUCAAUAUGCUCGAGGUCAAGGAUGCACGGUAUAAUCUGGGGUAUUACGGGGUGUUCUUUGCGCAGUUGCCGUGUCGCGUGGGUGUGCAUCCGGCGCUGGACGCGGCCGUCGCGGCGGUCACGCAUUCCGCGCCGUGUCUGUUCAAGCAGGAGAGCUCGUCGCUGGCGCUGGAGAAGUACGGGCGGGCGCUGUAUAUGCUGCGGUUGUCGUUGCAGGAUGGGAAGGUGGACUUGGGAGUUGAGACGCUGUGUGCGAUUUAUCUGUUGUGGAUUUCUGAGGACUGGAUCACCGGCAACUCCGAAGGCCAUCUCAUGCACACGGCCAUCAUCGCGCUGAUCCUCAAGAACCUCGCUCGAAAACCGGACCUCGAUGACUUCCAGAUCCAGCUUCUUCGCACCCUCUGCAUGGCCGUGCUCGUCCACAGCGUCUUCGACCCCCGCGUCCACCUCGAUCCCCACGUAAUCCACCGCUUCCUAAUAAACGGCCCACGCCUGCCCGCAAACCACCAACUCCUCUCUCCCUUCGAAACCCUCACCGUGCCCAACUUCGCCCGCAUCCCGCGCCUCAUCCACCACCCAGAAUCCCACACCACGCAACUCCUCACCGUCUACUCGCACAUGGCGUCCGAUUUUCCCAAGUUACGCGCCAUAGCCCGCUCCCCGACACUAGUGGCGCGUCCGAAUGCGUCGUUAGUGGCGAUCCGCGCGCAGAUCAACUACCAGACGGCGUAUGGGCUGUUUUUGGCGGUGAUGACGAUGUUGAAUCGGUUGUGUUGGGUUUUGGGAUCUGAGAGGGGGGUGUUAGAUCGGGAGUUGGAUGUGCUGGUUGAGGAGAUUCAGGGGUUGGGGGAACGGGGGUUGAAGCUGAGACCGCUGGGGUCGCAUUAUAUGCCGAUGUCGUUGAGUGCGGCGUGGGCGGCGCUUACGUUUGAUGAGGGGGGGAGGGAGAGGGUGGAGGAGAUUGAGAGGUUGGCGGGGGAGUAUUGUUCGUCGGAGAGCUUGAUGGAGGCGUGGAGGGCGAGGGGGGCUCAGACGAGGAGGCAGUUUGAGCGGUUACGAGAGAAGAUGGAUGAGAGUGGUCAGGUGGGAUUGGAGAGAGGGAGGGUUGGGGUGGUGGUGCUGGAUUAG